UCUCUCUAAAGCGGUGUGUUUUGUUUUGUCCACAACAUUUUGUAACUAUUAAUCACAGUGUGAAGAGUGGAAAGUAAUAAUUUAUUUAUUAAUUACAGUAAGUAAUAAUGUCGUCGUCGUCGAAUUCGCCAUGUGCGGCGUGCAAGAUUCAACGUCGGAAGUGCACGCAGGAGUGUGUUUUCGCGCCGUAUUUUCCGCCGGACAACCCGCAGCGGUUCGCUUACGUGCAUAAGGUGUUCGGGGCAAGUAACGUGGCCAAGCUUCUCAACGAGCUUAACGCGGCGCAACGCGAAGACGCGGUUAAGUCAUUAGCAUACGAGGCAGAAGCGCGUUUGCGGGACCCAGUGUAUGGCUGCGUGGGCCUCAUCUCCAUACUCCAGCACAGGCUCAAACAGCUUCAGAAUGAACUCCACCACGCCAAGAAAGAACUUGCUUCUCACAUCGGAUCCCACACCAUGCUGCCUCCAGCACCUUCCCUACUACCGCCGGAGCAGCAGCCACGCACUUUUUCGCUUUUUCCUUUCAAACCCGCGUCCACUCAUCAGCAUGAUCUUUUCGGCUUCCACGACGACGGUGGCGCAUCUUCGGCUUCCCACGCCGGCGGAUUCAACAACCACCUCGCCGCCGUAUUCUCGCCUUCCCCUGCCGUUGAUCACGCCUUUUCUCACGCGCCGAUGCAGUCUCUUACUCUUCCGCAUCACCAACACCUAAUGCGCUCCCCGAUGCAACCCAAGCCUCAAACCGACCCAGCUUAGUUCUUCUCAAUUGGAGGCAAAUGGGUGUAAAGGAGGAAGGGAGAGACAAACUUGCAGAAAGAGGAUGAAAGGUGGGGGAGACAGAUAAGGGAAGGGGAUAUGAGACUGACUAAUCCUCCAUUGUUUUUUGGGUUUGAACUUUUUGAUGAUUUUCUAGGUAGAUGCAUUUUAGAAAGUAGGAUCUGAAUUGAUGUUAGAGAUCGAACGGGUUUUCUGGUAGAGAGCAAUGGUACUUCCUUCAUCCAUUUUAAAAGAGUAACAUACAAGAACACUCUUCCACUCUAAA